GCUGAACAACGCAAACAAAAUUCGGUCACUCUAAAAUCGUAGUUGCGAAGAAAAAUUUAAUAUUUUUGUGUGUGUUUUUAACCGAUUCAAUUGGAUUUGCAUACGGCAAAUGUGCAUUAUGAGCGUAUUUAUGAACUUGUGUUCGCUAUGCACAUGAAUUUCACGUUUCCUACACGCAAUCAUUUAUUUGUAUGUAUAUAAUUUAGUAGCUGUUGUUGGUACCUGAUUCUCGUUUGCGAUUUUCUGCUUCUGCUUCGUUAAAAGUGGUGGAAAAUGUGUGCAACAAAAAACAUGCAGUUGCUACUACCUAUACUAUGCACAUACAGCGAGCAGCAACAGCAACAACAACAAAAACAACAACAGCAACAAGAAAAGCAACAUCAACCGCCAGUGGCAAUAGUGCGUUAGUUAAUUAUAAUAUUAAUUGUACAAACAGUGCUGUGUGUGUUCGUUCGUUCGUUCGCCAAACACCAACAACAACAAAACGUAUAGCCCAAAAGGUAAAGGCAAAGAAUUCGCGCGUGUAACACAAAAUUGCGCCAAUAAGCAAACGGACGACGACGUUGCUGUCUUCUGUUUUAUUGCAUUCCUACUCGCACGCAUACAUACAGAGCAGCAACAGAGAUUUGACCAUACACACACACACAAACAAACAUAUGUAUGCAUGUGUGCACACAUACACAUAUAUCCACAUGCAUUCACGCAAUAAACGGAGCACAACAACAACAAACCAGAAUCAACAUCGUCCUCUUCAACUCAAAUGUUUUGAUACAGUGUAAUUAUUGCAAAAUAAACAAGACGCGCUAAAAGAGAACAACAACAAGAAGAUCAAUCAAGAUGUCACGCUGGGGCAAAAACAUCGUUGUCCCGUUGGACUCGCUCUGCAAGGAGAAGGAGAACACAAAUCGCCCCACUGUCGCCCGUUCCGUUGGCACCGUGGGCAAAUGGGGCAAAAUGGGUUUCACCUCAACGCGCACCUACACAUUGUCUGCUGCCGCCAUAGCGGCUGCCACAGCCGCCGCAGCAGCCGCAAGUCCCGCCCAGAGUCCAGCGUCAACGCACGAUCAUGACCCCAAUGAUAUGUCGGUGUCCGUGCCGGAGCCACCAAAGCCCAAAAAAUUCUUCAAAUCGCGCAAUGCGGCGCCACCUGAGGUGAUUGCCCAGAUCAUCCAACAGCUGCCCCAUUGCGGUGGUGGCACGUCGCCAAUGCGUGGCGAGCAGGCGCCACCGAUGACGCCGACGCGUCAGGAGCCCAUCAAGCUCAAACUGGCGAAGGGCAGCAACUCCGCAGAGCGGAAACGCAAAUCGCCCAAGAAGAAAGCAGCAUCGGCGGCGGCAGCAGCGGCAACGGCAGCGACAACGCCAGGUGCGUUUAGUGGCGCCGCGGAUCGUUCAGCGGAUAGUUUCCUCGGUCUGGAUGCUGAUCAGCAACACUUGGAAGGUGAUGCAGCGUCGCCGCCCAUCGCUGAGCCAAAGGGCAAAAAGUCCAAGAAGGCAAAGGAGGAGAAGAAACUGAAACCGGAGGCGCCGCCAUCACGAAUAUUAGGACGUGCCCGCAAAGCGGUCAACUAUUGCGAGGUGGACGAGGAUGAGAGCUAUCGCUCGUCCAGCAACGAUCUGAUCAUUCCCAAGACGGCGCGUGUCGCUGAUGCCACAGAUCCCUCCUCUCCAGCAGCCGCAGCAACCGAUGCCAACAGUCCAGCGCUUCCACCACCAACAACGGCUCCAAGUGCCGCCGCCGCAUCUGCAACUGCGGCAGCCGGAUUGGCGUCAUCAACGGCAGCGGCAAUUAGUGCAGCAGCCGGUGGCAAUGUGCCGCCAUCUGCGUCCGCCUCGUCGAGUGCUUCGCGCACACCUGAGCACCCGCCAAUUGUUCUUCGUAUUUCCAAAGGCACCUCACGCUUGGUCAGCACGGACAGCGAGGAGCCGCCAAAUAGUUCGCCUGCCCAGCUGCAACAUCAACAGCAGUAUCAAGAGGCGACAACAGCAACAAGCGGAGCAACAGCAGCAGAUGAUGAUGAAGAGGAUGCGGAUGCCACAGUGGUGCCAAGUACGCCGAAAAUAACCGUAAAACCGCUGCGACCACCAGAAACGAGCCUGCCACAAGCUGAGGCAGCCGCAGCAAUAACGACGACAGCAGCAGCUGCAAGCAACGAGGUGACGUCACAAGGCAACAGCAACAACAACAAUACCAGUGCGUUAAGCAACGACGAGGAGGAUCAGGAGGAGGAAGAAGGCGAGGAGGAAGAGGAGGAGGAGGACGAACCACCGGAAAUCAAUUAUUGUACGGUGAAAAUCUCACCGGAUAAACCGCCAAAGGAGCGACUGAAGCUGAUCAUUAAAACGGACGUAAUACGCAACGCCAUCGCCAAAGCGGAAAAGAAAUCCAAAAGCAAAAAGCACAAGCACACAAAGCAUUCACUAGUCGAGCAACAGCAGCAAGCGGCAACAGCAACAACAGCUGGAGCAACACCUGCAACAGCAGCAGCAGUAGCAGCUGCUGCAACCACCACAACAGUGCAACCCGAAGGGGCAGUAACUGGCUCCGAGUUCAAGACGCCAUCGCCCCACUUGGCGCUAAGUGAACCACAGCAGCAGCAUCCGCCACAACUGCAACGCGGCUCAGUCAUCUCGCCCACAACACGUUCGGAUCACGACUUUGACUCGCAGUCCUCGGUGCUGGGCAGCAUCUCCUCCAAGGGCAACAGCACACCGCAGCUGCUCGCCCAGGCGGUGCAGGAGGACAGCUGUGUGAUACGCAGUCGCGGCUCAAGUGUGAUCACCAGCGAUCUGGAGACCAGUCAACACUCGUCACUUGUGGCCCCGCCCUCCGACAUUGAAUCCCGUCUGGAAUCAAUGCUGAUGACCAUGGAUGGCAACAGUGCAACGGUGGCCACAUCGUCGCUGGCGGCGGCGGUGGAGGAACCGUUGCGGGAGGACAUCUUGGCGGUGCUGCGCGGCGAUGUGGAGCCGCGUCUCAAUGGCGCCACCACAGCUGUGACAGCCACUGAGGAGGCGGCGGCGGAAGAAGAGCCGGAGGAGACGACGGCCGCCAAACAGCAGACGAAGCGUGCAACACGCGGCCGAGGACGCAAGGCGAACAAUAACAACAACAACAAUAAUAAUGUCGAAGCUGCUGCGCCGCCUGUGGAGCAACGUGCAACAAGAACAAGGGGCAAACCAGCAGCAGUAGAGACAUCGCCCACAACAACGACAACGGCAGCAGCAACAACCGCAACAACCGGGACAACAAAGCGUGCAACACGUGGACGCGGCGCCAAGCGAACGGGCGUCGAAGACAUGGAAGUGGAUGAAUCACCCGAGAAGUCAGCCGUAGAGUCAACAACAACGACAACAACUGUUGCAGCUGCAGCAGUAGUUGCAACAGCAAUAACAGAGGCCAGCGAAACGUUGCCACGUCGCGGACGCGCUGCAGCACGGGCCAACAACAACAAUGUGGCGAGCAGCAAUAACAACAACAACAGCAGCAACAAUAACAAUAUCAACAAAAUCGCCGCAAAUCUCUCGGCCAAAGCGGAAGCGAGUCGUGCCGCAGACAAUGGGGCAGGCGGCACUGCCACACGCAGCUACGGCCGCAAGCGCAAGAAUCAGCAGGUGACGCAAGUGUUGCAACAGACAAAAGAACCGGAUGCGGAGGAUGAGCAGCUGAAGCUGAAGCUGCUCGGUCAGCUGGAGCAGCACGAUGAGGAUGCGCAGCUGGAUGCCGACGAGGUGCAACCGCCGCCUGCCAAAGUGCCGCACACGGAGCUCGAGUCGGACGCCAUGGAGCACGCGAUGGACGAGCUGUCGAAUACGUCGAACGGUUCGUCGAUGCAACACGAUGGCUCAUCAUCGUCGCCACCUCCGCGUGACUACAAGUUCAAGGAUAAGUUUAAGCGCACGCUGACGCUGGACACCCAAGUGGCGGCGGGUGGAGCAGCUGCCGCCGCCGCUGCAGCCGCCGCAGCAGCAGCAAGUGCAGCGACAGCAGCGGCAACAACAGCAGCAGCGGGAGCAACGUCUGCGGCCAAUGAAGACACACAACGCGGCGCCGUCAAGCUGGUGAUCUCGAAGAAGAAGGGCAGCAUCUUCAAGAGCCGUGCGCUGGUGCCAUCCGAUCAGGCCGAGCAGGCGACGGUGGCCAAGCGGCAUCUGUACAAGCACAGCUGGGAUGCGGCGCUCGAGGCGAAUGGCGGCGGGACGGGCAGCGAUGCCAGCAAUGCGUCCGCAUCGACGACGGCGGGCAGCGGCGGCGGUGGAGUCAACAAGGCCGAUGGCUUGGCCGCCGGCAAGAGCGGCAAUGCCAUCGAUGCCAUCUACAGUGAUUUUGGUGAUAGCAAUUCCAAUCAUAACAAUACCUGCAGCAGUGCCGCAUUGCGUGGCGAAAGUCCAGCGAUGGGCAAACUGAUGGUGCGCCAAACGAAGCCGCAGCACAGUGCUCAAUCCUCGCUGGGUGGCGCCGCCUCAGCGGAUGCCUUUGAUCUCGACCUCGAGCCCAGUGCGGAUGAAGGCGGAGGAGGCGGGGUCAGCAGUGGAGGAGGCGGUGGUACUGGAGGUGGAAGUGGAGCAGGAGGAGCUGGAGGCGUCACUGGCGUUGGUGGCAACGCGACUGGAUUGCGUGUGGAUCGCAAGACAAAGGAGUACUAUACGGUGGUGCGCAAUGUGAAGACGGCGCAUCAGAUUCAGGAGAUUGGCGAGUACCAGGAGAUGUACGACGAUGUCGAGUACAUACUGGAUGCACUGCAGCCCCACAAUCCACCGCCUACACGUUGUCUCUCCGCCCUCCAGCUGGCCACAAAGUGCAUGACACCCGCAUUCCGGAUGCAUGUGCGUGCUCACGGAGUGGUCACCAAAUUCUUUAAGGCACUCUCCGAUGCCAACAAGGACCUGAGCUUGGGUCUGUGCACCUCAGCCAUUAUGUAUAUACUAUCGCAGGAGGGUCUCAACAUGGAUCUGGAUCGCGAUUCGCUCGAACUGAUGAUCAAUCUGCUGGAGGCUGAAGGUGUUGGCGUAGGCGUGGCAGCGCCCACAGAUCGCGCCAACUACGAACGCAACAAGGUGAAAGUGCGCGAACUGUGCGAGGAGAUCAAAGCCCAGGGCAAGGGCACGCAUCUGAAUGUGGAAUCGAUAACGGUCGGUACACUGGCGAUGGAAACGCUGCUCUCGCUGACAUCGAAGCGGGCGGGCGAAUGGUUCAAGGAGGAUCUGCGUAAACUCGGCGGCUUGGAGCACAUCAUCAAGACAAUAUCGGACUUUUGCCAGCCCAUCAUCUCAACGUCGUCCUCAGCGAGAGACAUGGAGCUGAUCAAUUGGCAGCCCGCGUUGUUGGACAACAUGCAAACAGUGGCGCGUUGUUUGCGCGUUCUCGAGAAUGUGACGCAACACAACGAGGCGAAUCAGCGUUAUAUGCUCACCUUUGCCAAGGGUCGGGCGGUGGACACGCUGUGUCUACUGUAUCGCCUGUGUGAUCGGCAGUUGGUGCUGCAUCCGACGACAACGGAGGCGAGCAACAGCAAAGAGCAUCCGGGUGUCGCGAUGCGUGAACUGCUCAUCCCUGUGAUGAAGGUGCUCAUCAAUCUGACGCACACGUUCAACGAGGCGCAGCCAUCGCUUGGCGCCGAGCUGCUCGGCAAGCGCAGCGAUGUCAUCGAGACGAGCUUCCAUCUGCUGCUGCUCGCCUCCAACUACAUUCCCGAUCGCUGCGUCUUUGAGCUGAGCAUACUGGUGCUGACGCUGCUGAUCAAUCUGUGCAUGCACACACCUCCGAAUCGUGCCACGCUGAUGCAGGCGCAUGCGCCGGGCGAAUAUGUGGCCGACAAUCCACCAGCCGGCGAUCAGGCAGUCACUGCAGUCCAGGCUCUGCUCGAGUACUUCUACAAAUGCGAGGAGCUAGCCAAACUUGUGGAAAAGAAUACGGAUGCGUUCCUCGAGAACAACGAGAAGGGCAAAAAGAAGCAGGAGGAGGUCGAGGAGACUGUCAAUAAUCUUGUGCAACGCGCUGGCCACCACAUGGAGCACACGCUAAAGGGCAGCUAUGCGGCCAUAUUGAUUGGCAACCUGAUCACCGACAACGAGCAGUACGAGACAAUCGUGCGACGGCAGCUGCGCGGCAAUAGCUUUAAGGAGAUCGUUGGUGUGCUGGAGAAAUAUCACACUUUCAUGAACCUAACGUCCAGCUUGGAGGCAGCGUUUGUGGCGCACAUGAAGUCGACAAAGAAGAUCAUUGACAACUUUAAGAAGCGCGACUAUAUCUAUGAGCAUGCCGAUGAUCAUGCGAUGCCUAUGCCACUGAAUCUGGAGACGACAACGCAUCAUCAUCAUCAUCAGAACGAUGCUGGGCAAUCGGAGGGAAUGCGCAGCAGUGGCAACAACACUAGCAGCAGCAGCAGUGGUAGCAGUAUGCCACGUGUCUUUAAGACAUACAGCAGUCACAGAUAAUUGCAUGAGCAGCAGCAACAACAACAGCAGCUGUAGUAAGGAUUGUCUGCCACCACAUCACUCACGCUCCUCGUGCGCCGCCGUCGCCAAAUAAAAUAAACUCACAAAAUGAAAGCCUGCCACCAAAAUGAAACUAUGUAAAAAUUGUAAUUGCAAAUAUGUAGGAGAGACAAUUGCAUAAUGUGUAAUAUUUGUUAAUUUUCCUAUGUAUGUAUGAAUGUGUUUUGUAUAUCGAUGCGUAAUCUAUAUAGUCACUCACACACACACAUACACAAACACUGGAUAUAGUUAUUAAUAUUAUAUAGUGCUCUGCUCUGUUUGGCUUUGGUUUAUACAUAUAGCUUAGCGUUUUUGUAUUCUAAUGAAGAACAACAACAACAACAAGAAAAGUGAUAGCAAAUUUCAUGAGCAUGGUCAGCGUUUGAAACUAAAUACCGCCAACACUAUAAAGAAAACAACCAACCACUCAAUGAUCCAAAUUACUACUGAUAUGUGUACGUUAUAUAGUCAUAAGCAAUAUUAGCAACUAUUAUUCUAUUUACACACAACAAACAAACAAAACACACACAUAUACAAAAUAAUCAAUUGUACAUAUUGUUUAUUCAACGAUUUUAUGAAGCGCAACUUAGGUUUUAUUUAAUGUUUCUAUUUCUUUAUUAUUAACUAAUUAUUAUAUUAUAAUAUAAAGUAUAAUAUAUAUAUAUAUAUGUGAAUGUAUAUGUAUAUUUACACUUGAACCAUAUAUAUUUUUUUUUUAAUAAUUCUAGAACGCUCUUUAUAAGCACACACACACAACACAUGUAAAAAGAUAUGAGGGUGAACAAUGAAUGAAGUGCAGAAAAUAAGGAAAAUAUAUAGUUAUUUUAUUGCAAAUACUACAUUUUAAGCGAAACAGAAAUCUAUCCAUAAACAAAUAUGUAUGUAUAUGUAUGUAUUGUGUAUGUUUAACAAAGAAAUGUCAUAUUUAGGCUUACAACUGAGAUAUAAACACAGAGAAAAAAACAAUUUCGGGAACAAAAAUAUAUAUGUAUUUAUUUUUUGUUUUAAAAUUGUCGAUAAUGUGAAAAAAUAUUAUAAGGAUACUAUUACACACUAUAAUUAUAAAUAUUGUUCUUGCAGAAAAAAAAAAACAGAAAAUAUUAAAUAAAAUUCAAGUGAAAUGAA